ACAGCUGGAGUGGAAAAGCACACAAGCCCUCUGAACAUAGUGAACCCAGCCUGCCUGCCUGCCUCCACUGCCUGCUCUACGGCUGCGUUUGGUGGCUACACCGGGGGCCAGUAACCGGGGCGAAUUGGCACUGCAGUCACGUCGCUGCCCGUUUAUCGCAGCAUCGAUUACACGUAUUUUAGGAGCGCGAACAUUCGAGGCGAGGCUGGACUCAAAGCCCACACUCGCUUUCCUUCAUAUUCCCUUUUCCUCCAAGCGGCAGUGUGAUUUCUGAACGCGCGCGGCGCUACACAUCGCCUGUCCUCCUCUCAUUCGCUCUCUCUCUCACUCUCACACACACACUGAGGCGCAGGAGUGAGAGAGAGAGAGAGUGAGUGAGUGAGAGAGAGAGAGAGAGACUGCCAUGGAAAGGUGGAGAACGGACUGUUUUCUUUGUUAUUUUUAAAGUCAGAGAUUCGCAUCUAUGAGCCGAUUGGUGCGUGGCUGCGUGCGGCGCUCUUCCCGAUGCACACGCAAACGGAAAGUAGGUUCUCACAGGAGGAAUUAUUUCACAGUGGCAUUAGAAGAAGUCUGGAUCUAAUUGUUCUGCUGAGUGGGCUGUGCAGGGUUUGGGUGCAUGGACACAGUGAGGAUGAGUAUGAACGAGAAGGGGGCUUACCUGGUGGACCUCGGGGGCAGCUUCACUGAGGAUGCCCCCAGACCACCAGUGCCCGGAGAGGAGGGUGAGCUGGUGUCCAGCACUGAGCGGCAUUACAGCCUGGGUUUUUACUCCAUCAAAUGUGAGAGCCUUAAGAGUGAGGGCUCCACAGCCACACCCAGACGGCCUGACCUGGACCUGGGCUAUGAGCCUGAGGGCAGCGCUUCGCCCACGCCACCCUACCUGAAAUGGGCCGAGUCGCUGCACUCACUGUUGGAUGACCAAGAUGGCAUCCACUUGUUCCGCACGUUCCUCAAGCAGGAGGAUUGCGCCGACAUGCUGGACUUCUGGUUCGCCUGCAGUGGCUUCCGUAAGCUGGAGACCAGUGAAGGAAACGAGGAGAAGAAGUUGAAGCUGGCAAAAGCUAUCUACAAAAAAUACAUCCUGGACAACAACGGGAUUGUGUCGCGACAGAUCAAACCGGCCACAAAAAGCUUCAUCAAGGACUGUGUGAUGAAGCUGCACAUCGACCCUGCCAUGUUCGACCAGGCCCAGACUGAAAUUCAAACCAUGAUGGAGGAGAACACCUACCCUUUGUUUCUAAAGUCUGACAUUUAUUUGGAAUACACCAGGACAGGUGGGGAGAGCCCCAAGCUGUACAGUGACCAGAGCUCCGUGUCAGGGAAUGGAAAGGUUCUACCGGGCUACCUACCCACGUUGAAUGAGGACGAGGAGUGGAGGUGUGAGCAGGAGCCUGAGGAGCACACUCAGAACGACCCCACGCCCAGCAACCGGCUGACGCAGCAGCUCCUCUUGGAGACGGCGCCUCAACGAGUGGCCAACAGCAAGAGAUACCACGAUAGUCGAGAGUACAGGCAUGCACCAUGGAGGGAGCCUUUCAACCCAUACUACGUCAACACAGGAUACGCUUUGGCCCCCGCCACCAGCGCCAACGAUAGCGAGCAGCAGAGCAUGUCCAGUGAUGCCGACACCCUCUCUCUGACAGACAGCAGUGUAGAUGGUGUCCCACCUUAUAGAUAUCGUAAACAGUCUCGACGUGAGAUGCACGAAAGUGCCAAAGCUAAUGGGCGAGUGCCACUACCUCAUAUUCCUCGCACAAACCGGAUGCCAAAGGAUAUCCAUGUGGAGCCAGAGAAGUUUGCAGCUGAGCUGAUCAGCCGGUUGGAGGCGGUGCUGAGGGAGCGAGAAGCGCAGGAGAAACUGGAGGAGCGUCUCAAGAGAGUCCGGCUGGAAGAGGAGGGUGAUGAUGCAGACAUCUCCACAGCGCCAUCGCUGGCCAGCCACAGACUGCCACCUGCUGUCCACGUGCAGCACUACACUGCACGCUACUCAGACGUGAGCUACAAUGGGCUUGCUCUACGUGACGCUCAUGAGGAGAACCCUGAGAGUAUCCUGGAUGAGCAUGUGCAGCGUGUUAUGAAGACGCCAGGCUGUCAGUCACCAGGCACGGGUCGCCACUCGCCCAAGUCGCGCUCGCCAGACGGCCUGCCCUCAGCCAAGAUGCCAGGGUUGCCGAUGCCAUUGGCGGGAGGCCAGGGCAAGCACCAGGCACGGUUGGGGCUCAAGAAUGAGACGUCGCAUGUUUACCACCACAAACACAUGCACCACCCACAUCACACCAUGGGCAGCAAGCCGAAAGAGCAGACAGAAUCAGAGGCAGCAAUGAGAGCCCAUGGCAGCUUUGCCUGGAACAUGGAGCAGCACCACUAUGGAUCCAAGAUGCGUAAUUACGCUGACGGAAUGGGCGCUGGCCCCAGUGCUAUAGACCCUAUGGGUUACGGCAAAGGUGGCACCCUAUCAAAGCGAACAUUCAAAAAAGGAGAGGACCUGCGGAACCAUGAGAUGCGAGAAACUGUGCCUUCAGAGGAGCUGGACAGAAACCAGAAGAUCCUGCAGUGGAUGAUGGAGGGAGAGAAGGAGGCAGGCCGCUACAAGAAGAGUCCCUAUGGGAGCAUCUCAGGCUCUAAGAAGGGCCAGGGCCAUGAGCCGGGUAGGCCCGGUUCUGUGGAGCGGCCGGGGGCUGUACACCCGUGGGUGAGCACACAGCUCCGCAACAACGUGCUGCCCUCGCACCCAUUCAUCCAGGACCCCACCAUGCCUCCCAACCCAGCCCCCAACCCUCUCACACAGCUAGAGGAGGCUCGCAGACGGCUUGAGGAGGAGAAAAAGAAGUCUGGAACCCUGCAGACCAAGCAGAGGUAUGUGAUGGAGGUGAUCCAGAGGGGGCGCACAGCCAUCCGACCUGCCACGUUCCCCCCACUCAGCGUGGUGCCCGCCGUCUCUGACACGGAGCUCUCCGAAGCAGAACACAAGGCGGUAAAAAAGCAACCAUGUGAGAACAUCACUGUGGCCUAUUACUUCUGUGGCGAGCCCAUCCCAUACAGGACUUCAGUAAAAGGGAGGAUUGUCACACUGGGACAGUUCAAGGAGCUGCUUACCAAGAAAGGGAGCUAUAGGUAUUAUUUCAAAAAGGUGAGUGAUGAGUUUGACUGUGGAGUGGUAUUCGAGGAGGUACGUGAGGACGAUGCUAUUCUGCCCAUCUUUGAGGAGAAGAUCAUCGGCAAAGUGGAGAAGAUCGACUGAGACAGAAAGGGGAGGUGAUGGAGGAGAGGGAAGAGGAGGAACAGUGCAAACGCUGGAGCCGUUUAGGAGGAGCUGCUCAGCAGCUGGAAAGAGAGCGAACGGGAGGUGCUGAGAGAUGGUACUGGGUACGUGUAUCUGCAGGAAAUGGCGAGAAAGAGAGAGAGAGAGAAAGAAAAGGCAAGCAAGAGAGGGAGAGGACGGAUGAAUGGGAGCACUGUGGGAAGCACGCUGUUGACUCCAAGGCUUCUACCUCCGCCCUAAAGCCUUUUCUACUCCCACACAGCUGCCCUGUGCUACCGGUCACCACAACAUUCAGAGAGCCUUCGGACUUUAUAAAGGAGCAAGGCCGCGUACUCUCACCCUUUUUUGGUAUAUUUCUAACUUUGACAUGUAAUGUAGCAAUGUAAAGUUUGACUAGAAUAAAAAAGAAUUACUAUGAAAUAUGUUUACUAAAGUAUCACAUAUUUUUGAUAUGACGUAUCAGAAGGAAGGUAUCCUUUCUAAUGUAACAUCUCUUGUAAUUUUAUAUGUACUGGUACCAGAUGUGUACAGACUGUCUGUUUAAAACAAGAAAAAAGAGAAAAAGUUUUAUAUCUAUUUAAAUAUUUAAAUGAAAAAAGCUAUUGGUUUAAUCUUAAAGCUGUGGCACAGAUCCAGUUUAAGAAUAUCACGUUUUCAUAAGGCUCUUUUGCGCAGUUGGCCUGAUGAAAACUAUAGCCCAUGCUCUACCAAGUGCUUUUAAUCCUUAAACGCAAUCUUAUCAGUUCUCCACUCGGAGUGGCACCGGCUCGUGCCACUCUUUCGCCGCGUUAUGCAUUGAUCUCAGAGGGGAAGGGAAAAUCUAAAGAUGUCCUUGAGUGGUCAUGCCUUUAAGAGGAUUGUCGUUUGACCUGUGGCUUUCUAUGUUUGACUCAUGUCUCAUGGUUUCUUACCUACAGCUGCUGCCCAUAAAACUGAGCAUGUUCAGUCAUAUGCAAAGGUUUGGGCACCGUGGUCGAAUGUGACAUGUUUUGUUGACACAUCCUCUACAUAGUUCUGUACGUGUAAGACUCAGUUACUGUUUAAUUGUUGAAUUGAAUAUACUGGGAAAAAACACACAAAAUGAGACCAGUGCAAAUGUUAAGGUGUAUUUUAUAUUUUGUCAUUUUUUCCCCAAUAUGAUAAAUUGAGCAAAUAAAUCCAAAUUAUGAGGAAAAAGUCAUAUUUAAGUUUGUUCCUUGUAACGCAGGGAUGCCCAAUCCUGGUCCUGGAGAUUUUUACCAUCUUGGUUUAGUUAGUUUAAUUUUAGCACACCUGGUUCAGGUAUUCAGAUGCACUUGAAGGCCUGCAUUACCUUUCUGAUAGAUUAUGGUAGGAGCAGAACUCUGCAGGAUGGUGGAUCUCCAGGAUGAGGAUUGGGAACCCUUUGUUGUAGAGGAAGUUUUAAGUGAUUUCCAUUUAGAAAAUCAGCAGAACAUGUGAUUUGACAGGGAGUCUUAACCUCUGCAUACGACACUAUUAAUGAUCCCAUUUUCAUCUAGCCUGCAGCAUGCAGACGGGACCUAAGAAUGCAUUCAUCCGGCAUUAGAUACAUAAAAAUGAAAAAUAAAAACCAACGAAAGGCGUAACCUUACGCUAAAUAGCACAGCAGCAAUUUGUAACAGCUGUUUUUAUAGGUAUUAAGUAUCAAAAGUUAGCGUUUUCAGGGGGUAUGGAGAGGCGUUUUCUGUUGCUGCAGUUUCAUGUCAGAAUGUGUUGGCGUGGGUGGGAAGGGAAUCUGUUGUGUUAGUGGGGGCUUCCGUAAGCAAAUGUGUGUCUAAUGGAUAAAAAGGUGAGGGCUGUGUGGCCUAUAAAACGAUCAUGUUUACACUUACCUUAAUGUAUUACAAAAAGAGAACCGAAUAACGAAUUGUAGCUUUUUUAGCUUAAUGUGGCUGAAUUUGGUGCCUGGCAGGAAUUGAUUGUUUUUUGUUUUUGUUGUUUUUUUUUGUUUUUUUUUUUCCUUUUUAGAAAAUGUAACGUAACUCUAGCAUAAAAUGAUAUACCUUGUUAAGAGGUCACAAAACACCAAAGAACAGUAUAUCGUAGGGAUUACCAAUGUGCUCUCCAUUUCUGUUGUCUGUCUUUUUUUGGUAAUGAUUUCCACCAACUUGUCCUGUUUGUCACAGUUACCCAAACCCUUUAUGUAUCAAAAGAUGAAGCUCUUGCACAGAGGGGAGGGGGCAGUGCUUGUUUUGUAGGGAAUGCUGGUUAGGACUGAUGUGGGCUGACUCGUUUUAGUGUUUACUGCUGGAAAGAGGCAAGCUCUAAUGGUGCUGUAAUGCUAUAGAUGCUCAAUGUCGUCCCAUAAGAGGACCCUGUCUUCCUGUGUUAGUAGAUAUUUUAAAACCAACAUAUCUGUUUUUAUUUUUUUAUUCACCAUUGUCCUCACAGUCUGUUAAAGGUUUUAAGAAUCCUGUCUUUUUUUUUUUUUUUUUUCCCCUCCAUCCCAUCAGAACUGCUACUUCUUUUUUAAACCAGUUUGUUCUGAGUCAUUGUAAUUACAGUGUAAUUGUCAUCAUGCUCUGGCUUUUUUUUUGCGGGGAUGUAAAGAGAGUCAUAAUUACUGUGAAAAGCCUGCAAGUGAGCUCCACUCACGUAGGAUGGAUUAACUGUAUAUAGUACAUCACAGAGUGCCUUUAUGAGCAUGCUCACGCUCUGCAAUCUCAUCCCCUCCGUUCUGUCUGAUUACCAGGGACUAGAAUCAUGGCUUUUUGUUUUUUUUUUCACAUUGUUUUUAUUUUGCUUCUAUGUAAGAGCGUGUCUGUUAGUUUGUGAAGAGCAUCGUCACAUGUCAAAUAAGCCUUUUUUUCUAUGUAAAUAUGUACAUUUUUAUAUGUGUCUUCAGCCAGCGACCCAAUUUGGAUAUUUAGUGCCCUGGUUCUGCUUAAGUGUGCCGAGUUGUACAGUUAUCAUUUUAUGGUACUUUGGACAAUAAAGACAUGUAAUAAAACGGA